GUUCACUGAAACUCUGAACAAGUCAGCAAAGCAGUGAUGCACCUCUUCCUCGAACUCCACCUGGCCCUGUGUGUCUUGAGCCUCGUGAGCCCUGCACCCAUACAGGAGCCGUGGAAGGACAUGCAGGAUCCAGAGUUUCAGGAGGCGGUGGAAAGCGGGCACAGCUUGAUCAGAAAGAUACUGGACGACAUUACUGAACUGCACAAUUUAUGGAUCCCCAAGGGCCUGUCUCUGGACAAAAAAGACUCAUCCAAACUGAAGUUCUUGAAGACGCACCUCAAUUUGCCUGAAGCACCUGCUAUUAAACCCCUCUCAGACAGCUUCACACUGGGUGCUUGUUUGAGCCAGAUAGCUACGGGUCUCAAGUUGCAUCAAACCCUGCUGACGGUGGUCAGUAAGCUAUCGCCCGCCAAGUCUGAGAUGGUGGAUGGACUUCUGUGCGACAUCCGAGAUCUUCUAUUACAAGUCCGCAAGAUGCAGGAUCUGAAGAACUUGCUGAGCAAACCGGAGCCCCAGCCAGUAUCAGAGAGCCAGCUAGAGGAAACCUUGGCUCCCAAACUAAGUGACGAAUAUAAGAAACAUGUGGCGGCGCACCUGACCCUUCUCCAGCUGCGGGAUUUUAGCCAGGAAGUUAGCCGCACCUUCCGGAGCAUGACUGUGCCUUCCAACUCGGGAAACUAGACCACACUUUUUAGGAGCUGAAGAAGAAAGUCUGAAGGAUAUGCAAUGCAACAUUAUUUACCGUUAGCAACCAACUUUUGUCUUGUUUACUCAAAGUCUUCACAUAGAGGCACCAUGAAAAAAACACUGUAUUUUUCUAUUCGCAUUUUUGUGAUGUUUUCUUAGCAAAUUACAUGACCUGUUUUGUAAGAUCUCAGCAAAAAGAACGCACAAUGAGCUCACAGUCAUUUGAUCACCACCCUGUCCUCCGGGGGAAGGAACUAAUUUUUGUGGCUUAUCAUGUGAGAAUGUUGAUGAUGUUGGUGGUGAUGUCUUUGACCUCCAGACUGCUUAAACGCCCAUGCACUGCCCAUUUUAUCGUCUGGUCAAGCCCUACUUAAUCUGAAUCAGGUUGUUGAUUGUAUGAAAUCUAUUAGACAUAUUUAAAGUAUUUAUUUAUUUUUAAAUGUGUGAAUGUAUUUAUUAUGUAAUAGCUUUAUCCAAUUGUCUUAUUUAUCAUAAUUUUUUAUUAUUAAUGUUAUUUAUUUAAACUGGAUCAUGACAGUGACUCAUUCUCCUGAGUUGCUGUUGUGUCACUUCCUAAAACGUUCUAUUUAUGAGAACAUUUAUUGCACAACGUUGUCUACACUAAGAACUUACGGUUUGAGGAAUGUUUUAUAUGACUUUUAAGUGAUCUAAUUUUGUCUAAUACGAUCAUUUGACUCUUUAGGAAAUGUUUUUUUUUUUUUUAAUGAAAUAAAAAGCCAAAAGUCUUGCGUACACAA